GUGCUCACUUCGUCAAAAUCACUGUCUAGGAACAACAUGAGCAGUACUACGGUUAAUGAUACUGGUUUCACGGUGUUAUAUAGGCCAUAUCACACAGAGCCACAAGUCGAUAUCGUCUUCGUCCAUGGACUGCAAGGCCAUCCUUAUAAAACAUGGGCAAUCAAAGUACUAAAGCCGCAGCCUGAGUCGUCGCAGAAAGGGACCAAGCGUAAAUGGAAAGUAUGGAAAAAAACUCGUUUUCGAUUGCAAGAAAAGACAAGAGAGCCUCAUGGCGCAGAAUACCAGACUAUGUUUGAUGAGACUCAACAGUCCGACCGGCUUAGAACAGGACCAUCGGAUGAGGUUUAUUGGUUCAGAGAUCUUCUUCCCAAGGUUUGCCCAGAGGCUCGAAUAUCAACAUGGGGUUACAACACAACAAUCGUCGCGCGUCCAGGCACAUCUACGAAUAAGAAUCACCUUUAUUCUCAUGGAAAGGAUUUGGUUCACGCACUAAGUCGUCAUCGCCCGGCUAAAAGACCCCUCAUCUUUGUUGGACACUCUCUUGGAGGAAUCCUUGUGAAAGAGGUACCCAGCUUGCACCAAAGCGCUGAUAUAGUGGAUAUUUUGGUAUCUACAACAGCUGUAGUGUUCAUGGGUACUCCACAUAGGGGCAGUCCAGCCAUGGCUGGGGUAGGUGAGUCGGCACGCAAGCUUGCGUCGGUCCUCCGCCUCGAUACCAGUCACUCUGUACUGGCGUCCCUGGGGCUUAGUAAUUCUGAUCUCGAGCGGUGUCAUGAAAUUUUCACCAGCCUAUGGACCAGCUUUUCUUUCCGCGUUAAGACUUUCCAAGAGGGCCGGCCGCUUGCUGGCAUUAACCUCGGCACUCUGAAUGAAUUGGUGGUGCCUCAUUCCUCAUCUUCCUUUGGAGAUCCGCGAGAAAGAGCAGAGACCUUAGACUUGAACCAUGUGGAGAUGUGCCGAUUCAAGGGAGAAGACGACCCUCAUUACAUGACUGUUAGCUCUACCCUGAAAAUUCUAUACGAGCAAGCCUGUCCCUCGAACGUGGUUUCCAAUGUGCCAGUGCCAGUGCCUGGUCUAGACGAGGGCGCCUUACCAUCUGUUAACAGAUCACCGGUGAUACCGCGUAAGUUGUCCCACGCAAAAAAUUCGAGAAUAUUGCGCUCCUUACAGUUUGAGAAUAUGAGCUUUCUUCCGAAAGACACAAUAUCAGGGACCCCGGAAUUCGAAUCGCAAUGGCUAGCCACGCAUCUACCCUUCCAACAAUGGUUGUCGCGUGAAUCUGUCAAUCAACACCGAGGCCUUCUGUGGAUCAAAGGUAAGCCUGGUGCAGGAAAAUCAACAUUGAUGGAGGAAAUUUUGUGGAUUGCGGCUCGGCGAGUUCCCCAGGAAAAGAUACAUUUAGCAUCUUAUUUCAUCGAUGGGACUCGCAGCGCUCUCGAACACUCUACGCUUGGAUCGCUUCGGGCCUUGAUUUACCAGCUACUACCCAUUAAGAAAGCUUUACAAGACCCGAUGUGCCAAGCCUAUGUCACGAAGUCAUUGUCUGGGAACGAAAUCACGUGGACUUUUGAAGAAAUGAGAGUGCUUCUACUACAAGCUUUCACCAAGCCUCAAGAGGAACGGACAAUAUUGGUCAUCGAUGCCAUCGACGAAUGUGGUCUAGAAGAAGGUCGAGCGCUUGCUCGCUUCUACCGAGAACUUACGCAUGUCGCGUACAAAGCGGGAACACUUAUCGAUGUGUGUAUAUCGAGCAGAACAGCACUAUCGGUCUCGCUAACUGCACCCUGCCAAACGAUCGAAGCUGAUGCUCUAAAUGGCAAUGAUAUUGCCCGUUACGUAGAGUCGAGCCUUCCGCACGACAUUGAGAGUUACCAGCUGGAGAGGAUCAAACGCAGAAUUUGUGGAAAAGCGUCUGGAAUUUUUCUCUGGGUCAAAUUAGUUAUUGACCACCUGCGCCAAGACUGGGAUGCGGGUGACGAUAUAUGGCAGAUCAUACGAGGCCUUGAUAGGGUCCCUGGUGACCUCGAAUCACUCUACAUCACCUUGGUAAAAUCUUUGAGCCAUGAUGACCAACCUUUCGCGUUCCGUCUUAUGCAAUGGGUCUGCUACGCUGCCAGGCCAAUACGUGUUGCUGAGGCACACCACAUUCUUGCUCUAGUGUCCCAUAGCAAAUGGGACGCGUUGAGAGAUUGGAAGAUGUCAGAUAUGACAACAAGCAAUGAUUCACAACUCAUGAAGAAGAUUAAUCGUCUAACCCGAGGCUUGCUUGAGUUCCGUCCCAGACAAACCGUGCCGUUGGGCCUGACGGGUACCAUUUCUCCAGUGUCUUCCAUGACUGAGGGAGGCUCGCUUCGUCCACGCGCGGGAUCUUUCGAACUCAGUGAAACCAUGCAGCCGAUCCAUGAAACAGUAAGGCAAUUCUUCCAGGAGGGCGAUGGCUUCAAGUACUUUGAUCCAGAUUUCUUUGGAAAGCGAGAUGCGGCUGCGGCACAUGUCUACAUUCUUGAAACUUGCAUAAGAUAUGCGUCCCUCAAGGACGUAAAU